CUUUUGAACAGGUGUUCGUGAUUAACAAUAAAGUGUAACCGAUGUCUACCUUAUCUUUAUUAUUACGUAUCAGUUUUACACUUUUUGCACGAUUACCAACUCAAUAUCGGGAGAUAGAGUGCCAUGUUAGCGUGUAAUUAGCGGUUUUUUGAAUAAUUUAAACUUUUUCAUUUAAAAACUGGAGUUUCGGUGUCGUGGCAAGUGCCCGUUUCGUUAGUAAACAAACAUAAUAAUGUCAACGGAUAGAUUCCACAAAGCUGCCAAAGAUGGUCUCAUCGAAGUAUUGAAAGAGACCACCAGAAGAGACUGCAACGGAAGAGAUGAGCAAGGGAUGACACCCACAUUAUACGCGGCUUUCUAUGGCCAUUUGGAAGCGUUGCGGCUACUCUGUGGAAGAGGAGGCGAUCCCGAUAAGGCGGACUAUUUUGGCAAUACCGCCCUUCACUUGGCAGCGGCACAGGGACACAAAGCAGUCGUCACGUUCCUGGUGAAUUUUGGGGCCAACAUUUACUCGAUGGAUAUCGACGAGCAUACCGCUCAAGAAUUGGCAGGGAUAAAUAGCAGAGAAGAAAUUUUGCGCUAUUUAGAUAACGUCACCGCCAAACUUGAAGCCGGUGAUAAGAAAAAGUCGAAAAGUAUGAAGGAAAAGGCAAAGAAGGACGCUGAGAAGAGGAUUAAGAACUUCAACAAACGGCAAGCAAAGGCGGACGCCCAAGCUCAAAAGUACCAAAAACGCACACUAAACGAGUAUACCAAACCGUCAAUGAUUAACACUCUAAGACACAGGAUCAAGAGCGGAUCCAUGUCAAACUUAUCGGUCACCGCCCAACCUCAACCGGCAAAGAACAGCUUCAGCGCACUAGUGAGCGGUGGCACUCUGUCAGGGCUCAAAAGUGUAACCGGCACCGUGCAGCGCAAAAUCUUAGCCAAUAAAAACAAAUUAGCAAACGACGACGACUUCAAGGUCAGCGAAAUUGAGGACGGUAAACGCUCGGUUAGAUCACUGACCGGGAUCAAGCGAGAUUCGGAGGUGAUGUACGGCGGAACUCUGGACAACCCCCGCCGCGGCCGCCUAAAUGACGUAUUCAACGAUGACAACUACCUGGAGACGUCGGUCAAAUCCGACGGCGGGGACACGCUCACCAACGGCGUUCUGAAACGCUCAGUUUCGCAGCCCGACUUCAUGCAGCAAUUGGGUAACAGCGACGUCAUUCAGCAGGAACCCGCAAGCAUAUUCGUCAGACCUGGGGUUGGCAGUUUUGCUUUCACCAAAAGCAUUACGAACACCCUCCAAGCCUUAUCAGUCAACGAAACAAUGAUCGAAGCGAGCUCCAUAGGUUCCGCCGGCAGUUUGGCCGUGAGGCAGAGGCAAUUUAUUUCGCAGCCCUUCGACGACGAACUGUCAGGUAAAGCUACUUGGACAGUUAUUGACCCACUAAUAGUCGCCGUUUUUUCAGAUCCAGAGUCGAGCGAUGAGGAAAAUUCAAAUACUCCACUUGAAAGGUUCCUGGUGGCGUGGGGUCUGGGCGAGUACAUGUCGAGGUUUGAGGAGCAAAAGAUAGACCUCGACACUCUCCUACUGUUGACCGAGAGCGAUUUGAAGUCUUUAAAUUUACCUUUAGGGCCAUAUAGAAAGCUUGUUACUGCAAUAUUGGAAAGGAAGACUGCGUUACAGAACCCUGGUGAAGUUGUAGAUGGACAACUUUAAUGGUCCCCUUUUGGCAAUAUUUACACACGUAUCUAGUUAUUAUUUAUAAAGCCAGAUUCACAUAACUAAAGUUUGUAGUAUAAGCUGUGAUGUACCUAAGAAAAUAAAUAAACAAAGUGAUAAGA